AUGAACCGACCAACAGAGAAGCACUUGCAGGCAGUUUUUCGAAUCUUACAGUACUUGAAGAGAAGUCCUGGAAGAGGGCUCUACUUUAAGAAAACAGAGAAGAGAAACAUGGAGAUAUUCACGGAUGCAGAUUGGGUUGGAUCUCUCAUGGACCAAAGGUCGACAACAGGGUAUUGUACCUUCGUGUGGGGCAACAUGGUUACUUGGAGAAGCAAGAAGCAACCCGUUGUUGCUAGGAGCAGCGCUGAAGCGGAGGUUAGAGCAAUGUGUCAAGGAAUAUGUGAAGGCAUGUGGCUGAGAAGAAUCUUAAAUGAACUAGGAUUCACUAAUACCAAUCAUAUGUCAUUAUUAUGUGACAACAAAGCUGCUAUUGAGAUUGCCAAGAACUCGUUCAUCGUGAUAGAACAAAGCAUGUGGAGAUCGAUCGACAUUUCAUCAAAGAAAAACUUGAGCAAGGAAUCUUGA